AUGGACAGGGAGGGGGCCGAAUCGGCGGCCGUGAGCAAGGCAGAUGUGAACGUUGCCAAGUCAAAUCCGCUUGACAGCCGGGAGAGGGUGGUGCGGUCGCAAUCUUGGGCACUGGGCUAUCAUCCCUGGGGUGAAGCUUUUGUGUGCGUGGCCCCGCCAGCCAAGUUAGUGGAAACAGAUGAUCAGUGUCCAUUCACAAAGCCUAUCGGCACCGACAUAGAGGACGAGGACAAGUAG